AUGCUCUCGCUGCAUUCGGGUGUGCCAAAGACUCCUCAUGCAAAACUCAAAAACGAAAACAAUGUCACACUCGCAAAAACAGUCUCAAAGACGCCUCUGCCUGUCCACGCACCAGGAAAAGCCACUGUAACCACAGAAGUACGCUCCAGAAAGGGUCUGGUGGACAAGACACCGGGAAAACAUCUCAAGAACAGAGGCCUCCAGCUCCAAGUACAGACUCUCGACGGCAAAUCUACUCUGUUCAUCGAGGAAAAACCAGCUUCUGCAUCCAGAAAAUCAAUCAAGCAACCCCGACUGUCCUCCACACCAAUCAAGACGGUACAGAAUGACCUGGCAAGCAAGCUGGAAGCACCCGAGCUCCAUCUCCAAGAAGAGGAAGACCUCGAGCCAGAGUAUAUGCCUCCUACCGCUGUCGUGCCUCCGAUCUCGGGAGAAGACUUCGGCCUGAUGAGCGGCACAGACAUGGGAAGAGUCUUGCUCGAGCUUGAUCGCAUUCCAUUCCAUUGGUACUGCGCACCCCCCGUAUCUUUCAAGGAAGAAGCAUUCUUGAUUCCAGAAGACCAACUCAUCGUUCCGCUUGGACGUCUGACUCCGGACUCUAUGGCUUCGGAGGACGACGUCGGAUUCUCGACUUCUGCAACAGCCGUGCAUAUCCCCGAGGUAUCCCAAAGCAAGCGCACUCAUUCGCGAAUUCCAAGUGGAAUCCCCACCCGUAGCAGUGCGCGAAUCGCCAAGGCUGCAGCCGUCAAAACUUCGACAGAACGUACAGCCCUGCGAAGCCAGCCGUCCACCAUCAGAUCGACUCGGAGCAGGGGAAACCUCACCACGUCAAAACUCCCCGCACCUCAAGCAAAGGGGAAGGACAAAGUACCGGCAGAGGAAGACGACGACGACGACCUGUCGGAUUUGCAAGAGUAUCUCGACAGAUACGAGGAUCCGAUUGACGAGUUUUAUUUCGACGUGUAA